AACAAGUCUAUUGACGCUCGCGCGCCUCGGACUCGCAGAGAUACGUUUAGUUUGUGUAGUUUAGUUCUGCGUGCAGAACAGAGUGGGGUAGGCAAGACGGCUUGUCGCGGUUGAUCCCUGUUGUGUGGCGAACACUGGCUCAAUUACACGUAUGGGAGUCGCGAGCGCGUAACAACAAAGACGCGAAGCUGGUGCCGUUGUUGGGCAUCAACGAGGCGUAAUUACGGGGACGUGACGAGAACGUACGGUUGUAUCGAUUCGUCGGUUCCUUGGACUCGAGGCUGGCUGGCUGGCUGCCUGACUCACAUCGCCGACAUGACAACCGAGGAGAAGUUCCACGCCGCCGUGAACGUUAUCAGGAAUUUACCGAAAAAUGGAGCUUAUCAACCGAGCAAUGAGCUUAUGCUGCGCUUCUAUUCGUACUACAAGCAAGCAACGGAAGGACCUUGUCAGCAACCCAAACCAGGUUUUUGGGAAGUCGUUAGGAAGGCCAAAUGGGAUGCUUGGAUGCGACUGGGAAAUAUGGGGCGAGUAGAAGCCAUGAAUAACUAUGUCGACGAGCUCAAAAAGAUUGUAGAGACGAUGUCGUACACCGACAACGUUGCCAAUUUUCUUGGGAGUCUGGACUCUUUCUACGACAGUGUGCCUGCCGAAGAUUUGGAAAUGCUCGUUGGACCCGUUCUUGAGAGAAUGAGAUCUCAGCCCGGUUCGCCGCUCUCUGGAUCUCCAAUUGGAUCCAGAGAAACUUCGCCUCAUCGAGCACGUGGUACCUCCCGACACAUAACUAGCAGCCUGGAAACCAGCCCGGCUAGCAGUCACAGUGCAAGUCCGUUACCGCCGGACACAGACGGAGAAGAAGAAGUGUUUAUAGAUACUGUUGAAUCCGCACCGGAAAGAACGGCAAACAAAGAUAGCACGUCCGCCAAGUAUUCCAGCAAUCAUCAUCAGAAACAGUCAUCGACGACUGCGAUUAGCAAUUCUAAAAACAGUAAUAAAAUUACCAACGGUCAGUCGACCGUUGUCAGGGAAAAUUCUACGGAACAGUUGAACAGGGAUAGCUCGCCGCCUAGCGGUCACGCGCAAUCCAACGAAGAGGUGAAACCCGAGAGGGGAAGAUCCAGGGAAAGAAAGGACGACAAAAAAAAUGCCGAAUUCUUUGCUCAAAUUACAGCCACUGUACAAAAUUUACAAAGAGAUUUGGACAGAAUAACAGCUCGCGUUCGAAGCCUGGAGGGACACGCGCUUAACACGCUCUCUCCUCAGCUUAGUCGAGCAGCCGAGCGAAGAUAUCCGAAAUGGUGGCCAUUGCCAGAAUGUUCGCCACGAUUAUUCGCACUGAUGAUACUGUGGCCGUUUUUGGUUCACGCCGCAAUCACAAUUGCUCAACGGAAUCGCCAGCGAAAUGUGUAAUGACAAUUAUAGUAAUAAAACUAAAAAUGCUCUCGCUCUUUCUCCCUCUUUUAUGCUACACACUGUUGUUAAUUGAAUGGAUAUAUUUGAUACGAUUUUUAUUCUAGCUUUGAACUAUGCGGGAAUUGAAUUUUUCAUUUUCAAUAUUCAAUAUGUAUAAGAUACGUAGCUUUGAUUAUCGGUGAUAUGACGAAGAGAGACACGUUGAAUAAGCGGGCGUUUAAUUAGAUUCUGGGGACAAUUUGAGGAUAGGUAGAUUUAGUCGUUAUCGUAUAAAUAAAUACACGUUAUAAAUAUUGUACAAUAUUUUUGAAAAUAAUUACUGUAGUAUCAUACAGAUUAUUGAAAGUUAUCUAAUACGGUAUUUCGAUAGCAUACUUCUUUUUUUCUCACAUUCGCGAAAAUAUUUCGUUUCCUCUUUAACUCGGAUCACGACGUAAUUUUUUUUUCUCGUUGUUAAUUCGCUGUUGCCAAAUCAUCCCUAAAUUUGUAACUCACUCUUGUCAACUCUCGUAUAUAAUUCCAACCUCUUCAAUGUUUAUAUUUUUUUUUCCAUUCACCGAACUUUUUUCCCUUAUCGUUCGUCGAGUGUUGCAUUAUUUUUUCUGCCACGGAUCGUACUUUGAAUGAAUUUGUUCCACUUCAUUCACAACGAACUAAAUUUGUAUUGUGGUGUGAUG